UUUGUUAGCUAACUUCUCAUAUUUUAUUAAGACCAAAAAUGCUUUGGUGCUAGCUACAAACGAUGUUGGGUAUGGAUAUGUUUAUUGAUGAUGUCAUUCGUCAAAUACAUGUGGAAGAUCGAAGAAGGGAAGAAAAUGAAGCAGAAAAACAUUUUAAAAGAAAAACAAUAUUAGAUCAUACCAAAAUCAGUAAAUUAAAAUCUGAUCAAAACAAUGAUUGGGUGGCAAUAGUGGUUGGUGUUUUGUUUGUCGCUAGUGUAGCUGGGCUUGCAGCAUAUCAAAGUCUUACCCCAAUUGAUGAUGCAAGUAAUUCUAAUAGUCUGCCCAGAAUUAGUUAUCAAGAACUAAAUGAUGUAUUGGAAGACGCCCCUUUCCCAUCAGACAUAUAUGCUAGUAAAAAACUACCAGGAGAUUUAUUUCCAAUGUCGUAUAUUUUAUACGUAAAUGCAAAUUUUACAACCAAAAACUACACUGGUCUUGUGAAAAUAAGGGUUAAAUGCACAAGAGAAACUUCAACGAUUAUAUUGCAUUCUGUGAAGCAAAAAGUAUAUAAGGUUGCUAUAAAAACUGUAAACACAACAGAUAUUGAAGAUAUUCUCGUCAAAAGUCACAAGCGUAAUAAGAAAACGCAAAUGUUGAUAUUUUCGUUAAAUCAACAAUUAAAGCAAUCUGAUGAAUAUGAUAUUUACAUUGGAUUUUUUGGUCCACUCACCUACGACACAGAAAAUGGCAUAUAUUUAUCUAAUUUUAAAGAUGGCUACGGGGUGACAAAAACUGCACUGUCUGCAGUGUUCAAGCCAAGAUUAGCAAGGAAGUUUUUUCCUUGUUUUGAUUCGUUAACAUAUAAAUCAAAAUUUCAUGUUAUUAUUAAUCAUCCGAGAGAAAUGAGAGCUGUCUCAAAUGCUGCAGCAAAGACAAGAGUUUUAGUUGAUGACACCAGCACAGUGGAGACACAUUUUAAAUACUCGCCUUCUAUGAGCACAUAUCAACUUUCAUUUUUUGUUGGUGAAUAUAACUACAGCAGCAUCAGAAGCAGAGUGAAGAUUGGGUUAUUAAGCCCCAAAGGAAGGGAGGAAGAAAAGAAUUUGGCAGAACAAUUUUUGCCUUAUUUUAAGACAUUUUAUGAAAAGAAACUACGAGUUAAUUACAGCUAUCCGAAAAUUGACUUUUCACCAAUUACAAAAGAAGUUGGUGAGGUAUCUGAGGCCACUGGGCUAGUUCAAAUUUAUGAACCUGACAUACUGUACAAUGCCAACUCUGGAUCAUUAAAGCAAUUGGAAGAUAUUGCACAAGCUAUUGGACACGGUUUGGCAAGUCAGUGGUUUGGUUGCUUGGUUACCACAAAUUCUUGGAAAGAUGAAUGGUUGAUGACCUCACUCUCAACAUAUUUCAGCACUUUACCUGUCGAGUAUUAUUAUCCCUCAUGGGAUAUGAAAUCUUUAUUUUAUAAAUCGAUGAUGAACACUGGCUUGUUGGGUGAUGUAGGAAAAUUUGUUCAUCCUAUUUCUGUUAAGAACAACGAUAUCAGAUCAUUGCAAAGUGGAAAAUUUGACAAAGUGAAGAAGGGUGCGUGUGUUUUUCAAAUGCUGGUUGAUUAUGUCGGAGAGGAUCGAUUCAUGCAAGCUUUAACUAAAUUUUUGAAGAAACAUCAGAAUGGUAAUGCAGGCCUUGACGCCUUUUUCUCAUCUUUUACAGAGGAUUUUCCAGACUAUGACGUUGUAGAUUUUCUGCACCCGUGGUUGUAUCAACAAGGCUUUCCAGUGGUCUCGAUUAGCCCAAGCGCUGAUAACACCCAGUUAAUAGCAGAUCAACGUCGAUUUGAAUUUCAAAACCACACCAGUGUUAUUGAUGACUUUGAAGAGAUUGUAUGGCGCAUACCAUUAUAUGUGAGGUAUUCUUGCCUGAACAAGACGAAGGUACAUUUUGUAGAUUCGCAAGCAGAGCGAUUCCCUAACAGUUGCAAAGGCGCGAAAAGUUGGUAUAAAGCAAAUUUCGGAGCGACCGGUUUUUUCCGCGUCAAUUAUGAUGAUAAAAACUGGCGAAACUUGUUGGCACAGAUCAAUGAAAACCAUUUGGUAUUUCCAGCAAUCGAUCGUGCGAAUUUACUCUCGGAUAUUUUUGAAUUGGCAAACAUGGGUUACCGCAACAUUGGAGAUGCACUUGAUUUUACACAGUAUCUGACGAAAGAAUGUCACUAUGUCCCAUACAGCAUUGCACUGCACCAGCUGCAAAGAAUGGUGAACAUGUUUCAAGGUAGCAAGGCCCACAAUUGUGUCAAGCAUUACAUGUUGUCAUUAGUUUCGCCAGUGUUGGAGAGGCUGAGUUCAAAUACAUCACAUGGCCACGUGGAAAAAAAAUUGAUUGCACUUUUAACUGACGUGGUUGUGACGUACAAGAAGAAUUUCCUCACAACCGAGUUGGACAAUAUGUUUUUGAGGUGGUUGAUCAGUUCAGAAAGAAAUAUCAUUCCUGGAAACAUGAGAGAAGUGGUGUUAAAAACUGGUGUAUUGAACGGCAACCAUUUUGAAUAUGAACUUUUGAUGAAAUACUAUUACUCGGCUGUUUCACUAGCAGAGAGAGAUUUAGUUUUAAAAAGCAUUGCAAGUUUCCAAAACAAGCAAAUCUUGAAUAGGUUUGUUGAUCAAUCAAGCAACACUUCUGAAAUCUAUCGCGACGAUGAGAUAAAGGUACUUGCGUAUGUUUGUCGCAACCCGAUUGGUCAGGCCGAUGCAUGGUCGUAUAUUCAAAAACACUGGAAUCGUGUUUAUGAAAACCACCAUAGCAAUGUACGAGGUUUGGUGGAAAUGUUUGAAAGUUGUUUGUCAUCAGCCAACACUUCAGAAGCUAUAUCAGAGGUGACGAGGUUGAUGGAACUGGACAACACAAAAGUAUUGUCGCAUUUCUUGAGAAGCAUAAGGGAGAAAAUCUUUUGGAAUAUAAAUUAUUCACAACGUGUUGGGGAGGUGACGGCUUGGUUUGAAAAGACAAACGCAUCUUGCUUGGUAGCGGAUGUUCUUUUUUAGGUUGUGAUGUGGAA